GAAGGGGAAUUAAGCUUUGUACAAAUCUCAGAAGCUAAUGUCAAAAGGGCCGAGUGUAAUGAAGGAAAUAUUAAGCUGGUUGUCUGGCUUGUCUUCGUAGGCCAAGAAAACUAUGGAUCCCCAUCCCCAUGAUGGCUGGAAUGAGGAAGAUGACGAAGGAGAAAACUGGGCGAGUGAUGAUCAGAGCAGUCAAGGAGACGGACCCAGUUUAAGAGGUCCUAACAAUGCAGAUGAGGAGGAUGAGGAAGAAGAGGGGUUUGGAGAUGAGUAUGAAGAAGAAGAAGAAGAAGAAGAAGAGGAGGAGGAGGAGGAGGAGGAGGAAGAAGAAGAAAAUAACGGGGAUGAUGAAGAUGAUGAUGACAUGGAGGAUUAUAAUGGGAUUCCACAUCAGCAAUUAGAACAGCAGCAGGGUCAUCAUAGUCAGCAAUCUCUUCACAAUGGUUCCUCUCAGACUGAGACCACUUCCUCCGGAGAAGAUGGAAGACCUUAUUACACGCAGAAUGGGGGUAGCAUGUAUGCACAGAGGCUCAGUGAGCAAGCGGGUGUUGGUCUUGAGGAUGAAUUUGAAUACCCAACCGAGGAAAUGGUCAAAACAGGGGAUGAUGAAAGUGGGUAUAAUGAAAAUGGACUGGAGGAAGAAAUCCUGGGUAAGGACAAGGAUAUAGAAAAAAUGGUGCCCAUCACCCCCAAGGGCCCAGUAAAAGGUGGUUCACAGAAGAGGAAGUCAUUGGCUUCCAUGGGUGCAUAUGGGGAGUCUUCUGCCUCUGCAAGCAAAAAGAGCAAGAAGAGAAACACCAAUGUGUGGGCCAAAUCCUCUUCAAGGAAAGGGGGCAAGAAGAACAGGGCUGGCAAUGGUACAGUUGCAGCGGAAGAUAUAGUCAACAUAACCCCUGUUGUUAGGGUUCCUGAUAAACUUGAUGAUGCACCAGACAAUAGAAUUUGUCUGUCCAAAAUACACAAGGCAGAGAAAGUUGAGCUGAGUGAUGAUAGGUUAACCGCUUCUAGCACUAAGGGGUACAGGAUGGUAAGGGCUACUAGGGGCGUUGUGGAAGGGGCAUGGUAUUUCGAGAUCAAGGUUGUGCGCCUUGGGGAAACAGGGCAUACUAGGUUGGGUUGGUCUACAGAGAAAGGGGAUGUUCAGGCUCCUGUUGGGUAUGAUGCAAACAGCUAUUCCUAUAGAGAUUUGGAGGGUAGUAAGGUUCAUAAGGCAGUCAGAGAGCCUUAUGGGGAAGCUUAUGGGGAGGGGGAUGUUAUUGGAUUUUACAUUAAUUUACCCAAUGGAAGUGAUUAUGCUCCCAAACCUCCUCCGCUUGCUUGGCAUAAAAACCAGCUUUAUUACUGUAACAAUACAGAGGAAACGCCGAAGAUGGUUCCUGGAAGUGAGAUUUUGUUCUUUAAGAAUGGUAAAUGUCAAGACACUGCUUUCACCAAUAUAUUUGCGGGCAGGUAUUACCCUGCAGCUUCUAUGUAUACUCUUCCAAAUAAACCCUCCUGUGUAGUGCAGUUUAAUUUUGGGCCAGUAUUUGAUUGUUUCCCUGAGGACUUUGGUGGCCGGCCCCUCCCAAAGCCCAUGUACGAGACUCCAUUUUGUGGAAUUAAUGGGCAAGAGAUCACACGAGGAGAGCCUUUUGUUGAAAAUGGUCUAACUUCAGAAAAGAAAACCUUAAUUUAAUAUAUUUUUUAAUUUUAUAACUGAAGAAAGUAGCUAUUUGCUGCUGUUAGAUUUGUCCUUGUGGAGAAAAGCUUGAUCAUUGAUUUCUAAUGUUGGCAAUUCUUUUAAGGUUUGUAGCAUUCACUUCUUUAAAUAGUUUAUACAGAAAGGAGCUUGUGUUAUGGUGACUGAAAUGUCAAAGCUCAGGUGAACAUUGUGAGUUAUAGGCCCAAAUAUUGUUUAUAUGAUGCUAUCUAUUCAAUUGUGCA